UUCCAGAAUGUUUUAAAUGAACCGUUGAGUUGUUAAAACGCCAGAUCUACACCAACAAUGGAACUUCCUACAACCCAGGCAAAGGGAGUCCCCGUCCAUAAAAAGCAGAACGUCAAGCAACAGGUCAAGGUUGUGAUGGGCGGCUUAGAAAACGUUCUGGGGGAUUUAAAGACCGUAGUUGGUGACAUCGGAGACCUUGUACACCAGAUUGACUCAGUUACGGAACGGAUCAAUGAGCAAUACGGGAUUGAUAUCACGAAACAGGGGACAAUUGACACAAAUGCCAAAAGGACACGACUCCAGAUAUCCCCAAGUCGACAUGAGAUGAAAAAGAAGGGAAAAAUGAAGCAAAUUGCAUUCGCCGAACCGACUUACUAUCAGGAUUUUAUUGAAGAACAACAACGUAAAAAAUCGCCAUCUAUCGGUGGCUCCCAGGAGUUUGAUUUUGGGAACCAAACUUGGGAUAACGAAGAUUACGAGUGGAACUUUCUAUCAGCCGAUGAGAUGAAAAUAGCGAGUGGGUCGAGCCCGGGGUUAUCAAUGGAAUUGGAGAUUAUGCAGCAACAGAGCUUUAUCAACAAACUCCGUGAACGACUCUCGGAUGACGAGGAAGGACACGUGGUACACUCAAAUAAGGACCAACCAGGGAUAUCUAGUCAUAUAAACAGCAUUGAUAGCUCAAUGGAAUAUAUCUUCAGCGAUUCCAGUUUAGCAACUCAACCGAAUAAUUCACUCAAUAAAAUCGAUCCUCAAUAUCAUAAGGAAUCCAAUCCAAAGAAACCCGUUACACUUUCCCCGCAAACUAAAAGUUAUCCACGUGCAAUGACGCCAAAAUCAACUCUAUCAUCAACAAGUUCAGGCGUGUCUGAAAAAAACUCGGAAUAUUCAGGAGUCUAUGAGAAGGAUCUGGAAUCUAAACUCGAGGGUUACGACACGAUUGAUACCUGGGACAGCGCAGACAGCGUUGAUAAAGCCGGAAUCAGUGACGUAGAGUCUGACGUCAUAUCAAUCAGCAAGGAUUACGAAUUAGAUUAUGAUACGGAUAUAUGUCCCUGGAAAAGUUAUAGUAUCACUUUUGUUGAAGCAAACUCUCCUUCUGAACAUAAAAACGUAUUGGAUACCCGCUCUCUGGAUAAUAAUCUCAACGACAUUACAAAACACCCGUGCCUUAAGAACAUUUUAGAAUACACUACAAAUGGGAAAGCUUUUGGUGAUAUUGGUAAUGAUAUCGAGGAGGAUAUGGAUAUAAGCGGAGAGACUUCCCCUGUCAAGGAUGUUAAAACACUAACUGAGAGUUCUUCGAGUAAAGAAACCACAAGUGCUAGCAUUGAAUCUUGCAUCCUUACCGACCCAAAUUUAAAUACAACUCAUCCCAAAAGUCCAGAAAAGGUUACGAAUGUAUCAAGUACAGACUUCUCGGGGGAUCCCCCUACGGAUAUAAAUGUUAAUUAUCCGACGUUAGCGAGCAAUGAACAAUCGUUUGAUAUAGUGGCAGAUUCUACGGGCUCAGAUGUUCAACUUUCUCCUAAUGGCAACACAUUAGAGAGAAAGCGACGUAACCAUAGCAACCAGGGAUCUUGUAAAGAUGAACUGGAUAAUCACCUUGGCAACAUACCCGUAAACAUACAGUCGAAUAUCGUAGAUUAAAUAACCUUGAAGUACAAGGCGAGAUUAAAAAGUUAUAUUCAUUAUAUUUAGAAUGGUGCGUGGAUUUAUCACGAGCCCUCAUGCAUUUCAACGUUUUAUGUUACGCCCUCGUGGCUAAAGAGUUUAACUAAUAAUAUUCAGUAAUCUAUCAUACUCUGUCUUCAUAGUUCGUUGCCUUCAAUAACUAGGAGAGAUUCAAAAUAUAUUUCGGAUACAUCAGCUGCAGCUUUGAUUACUAUCUGAUUGAAUUUCAACGUUUUAGUGCAAAACCCCCAAGCUGUUGGAGUUUCAUUUGCUGUUAUUUAGAUUAUCGUACGUCUGGCUUCUAGAUGUGAAAGUACGGGGGAAGAUCCUAAACUAACAAACAAACGCUUUAUGCAGUUUGGUUAAAAUACAUUUCAUGACCUGUAAUUUGGAAACAUUGUUACU